CACCGUUGACAAGGCCUUCAAUCUACCAAGAUUCUCCACCAAGAACAUUCGUGUCCUCGAGAAUCUUUUCAAUAACGGUUACAUUGCACGUGUGGUGGUUGAGGGACAAGAGAUGUGCUCUAAGGCCGGGGACAGUAAGGGCCCUGAUGCCGCGCAAAGGGAACUCGACUGCCUCUGGAAGAUCACCACCUCGGAAUAUGCAACCACCCUCCGCGUGCCGAAGCUCCUCGGUCUAAUCGAGACACCCGACGACAAGAGGGUCAUUGGAUUUUUGGAGGAGUAUAUCCCGGUUUCGGACACGUGGGAGUUGUCGACACUUGGAAGUAUUGAGACGGUCUCUGCGAUUGCCGAGAACCGUCGGAAGAAGUGGGCAUCGCAGGUCCAAGAGACGGUCCAUCUGUUACACCAAAACGGGGUCACGUGGGGCGACGGCAAGGCCUCAAAACGUGCUGAUUUACCGCGAUACUGAUGAUGCGUGGGUUAUUGACUUUGGUGGUGGAUGGACAGAUGGCUGGGUAGACCAGGAACUGAGCGGGACAGUGGAGGGGGACGAGUUAGC